AUGGAUAUCUCUAAUCCCUACAUAACAAGUUUUUGGAAAUUUCUUGUUCAUUCCCACAGUAAAGAGGAAUUAAAACAAAUCAAUAAUUACCUGACAGUUUUUCUAGCAUUAUCUACAUCAAAUUGCAGAGAAGAAAAUGGCCAAUCUAUCUACAAGUGUCGCGGUUGCCCCAAAUCUUAUUCUACAGUUCUGGAAAUAAUCAAGCAUCUGCAUAUCGUUCAUUCAUCAGAACUAUAUGAGACCUGUAAAAGUGACAAACAAGUACUUGAUCUGACUGAAUGA